AUGAGAUUGGAGGAAGAUCUCGUGAUACGCAGGAGUCGACCAACGAUGAUUUCCGCCAAAUAUCGCGCGAGGGAAGAGCGCCGCCGCUUGCUGAAGAUCUCAGCCGGCAAGUUGAGAAGGAUCGAAGACCCAGAAGCUAGCCUGUGCAGAUCAGUCCUCAUAAACAACGCCGUCAGGCGAUUGCAACGCGAGAAUCGGGACGAAAAGACGAGGAAUUACGGGCUGCCGGUGGUCACGUAUCUGAACGACUCCACCAAAGAGAAUAAUGUCUCUAGUAAUCUUAUCGUCGGAGUGACGGACGACGAGACCUCCUCAAGAAAAAGACUUUUUGAACUGAUUGUAGAACCGGAUGUAACAAGUCAGUUCGAUCUGAAACCAUACUUGAACAAGCAGCAAGUUCCAGUAAUCGGAUUGCUCGAGAAAUAUAUUAUUAAAACUAUUCCACGGGUAUUUAGAUUUAUGCAAAGAAAACUGGACACUGGCAUCAAAGUACACGAUUUUUGGAUAAAAAAAGAGUAUAUCUGCUGUCAGUCUUCCAA